AUGAUCUCUGCUAUAUAUAUAAUAUAUUUAGCAGAGAAACAACAAUCAAACGAAUUUUCUCAAAUUGAGUUAUUAGUCAACCGAAGAUACAACCAGACACUACCGCACGAUGAAAUCAUUCUCCAAAAUUUCCACAAUUUAAUGACAAAUUUAUUACCAUCUGAACAAGUCCCCGUAUUAUAUUAUGAUGGCUUAUCUUAUACAUACAUGCGAUGUUUGAAUGGCAUUAUACUAUUGAUAGUCUCUAACCAAAACAUUGAUGUUAUGCUGGCCGUUAUGUUUUUGAACCAGUUCCAAUUGGUAUUAGUACAUUAUUUAUGUAAUUCCAAAUUGACUAAUGAUAAAAUGUCUGCACCCAAAUCCUUAGAUAGAGAUAUCAUCAUUGAUAAUAUUACCUUAAUUCUAGAAUUAUUAGAUGAAUGUUUGGAUUAUGGGUUGUUGCAGAUCACAGAUUACAAGUUGUUAGAAGAGUAUAUCAAAGUAAUACCCAAUAUUCCUAAAAUUGAUAGUUUGGCGGAUGAAUACGAUACCUCUGAUAGCGAUGAUACUAGUGAUGAGGACGAUAAUGAUGAACCAAAUAAAUACAAAAAGAAAUCAAAAUCCAAAACUAAGAAUGGCAAGAAUAAAAGGGGGUCAAAGAGGGAGAUUAAAUCAACUCACAAUCAGGCUGUCAAAACAGAUGUGAUUGAAAAUGAGCAAACGAAUAUGAUCAAUAGUUCAAUAUUACGUACUUACUCACUGGCCAUAAAUUGGAGACCCAAAGGUAUAUUUUAUGCAAAAAAUGAAAUAUUUAUUGAUAUCAUUGAAGAUUGCGAGUUUGUGUAUGAUUUGGGAACUGGAGUCAUUAAACGCAAUGAAAUAUACGGUACUUGCGUAGUGAAAUCGUAUUUGUCGGGUAUGCCAGUUUGUCGAAUUGGGUUUAACGAAAGGAAUUUAUCGCGAAUUGAAGACGACGAGGCAGAAAAAGCUUUAGAUAUACCCGAAAAUCAAUUGAAGGAGGCUCAAAAUGAAGAAGAAGAAGAAGAUGAUGAUGAAGAGGAAGAUGUGAAAGAGCAGGAGAAUAAUUCUGAGGAAACUGAAAGUCUAGAGCAAACAAUGGAAUCCCCUGCAUUGGCAGAUAAAAGACAAAAGCAUAAAAUCCCGAUACGAAACAUUCAGUUCCAUCAAUGCAUCGAAUUGUCGAAAAUUUAUAAAGAAAAUAUUGUUACUUUUAUCCCCCCAGAUGAUAAAUUUGUGUUGAUGACAUACAAUGUUGAGCAACAAAAACAGAAGAAAAAGGAACCACUAAUAAUGGUCAAGCCACAAUUCCGAAUUAUUCAACAAACCGGGAAAUUGCAGAUUAUGUGCACGAUAAACACGAAUUUCCACAGAAGAAGACAUUGUAAAAACUUGAUUAUUAGAAUUCCAAUAAACCCGCAUUAUUUUGAGUUGGAUGCAAAUGAUAAUGACUUGAAAUAUAAAGCAGAAUUGGGAGAGGUAUCGUUUAAAAUUGAUUCAUUUGAAUUGGUUUGGAAAAUUGACAGUAUUGAUGGGAAAAAAAUGGUGAGGAUGAUGACUGAAUUAGCUUUAGUACAUGCCGAGAGAAUCAAUGAACAACGGAUACUGGAUUAUCUAUUACGAAGAGCUGCUUUAUCAUCUGUUGUGGGAGCCGAUGAUUUAAGUGACACUGCCGAAGAUAGCAGGGAAGAGUUGGACAAAUUUUAUGGAGUAAAUGGGAAAUCUACUUCACUGGCCCAAAAAAUAUCUUUGAAAUUCAAAAAUAGUGUUUUCAACGAUGAUAUUAAGGUACAAUUCAAGUUGCCAAUGGUAACAUACUCGGGAUUGAAAUUGAGUUAUCUCAGUGUCGAAGAAGAACAAAUGAAAUAUCCUUGUUUCCCGUGGGUAAGAUACUUAACAAGAUCAAUAGAUCACUAUGAGCCAGAUAUUUCGCUUGAGAACCAAAAAUUUAGUGGUAGAUGCUGUGAUUAUAGAUUCAAGUUAGGUCUGAAUUGCUUUGUAGUAGCAUAA